AUUUGAACAAAUUGGUUUUUAGUCCUUAUUUAUUGGCUUCUUUCCCGUUAAAAAGCACUUUUCUUUUUUGUGGAUAUUUCUCUCUUUUGUUAUUCUCGCUGUCUCUCUCUCUCUCUCUCUCUCUCUCGGAAUGAACCCGUAAAAUUCGACCCACGCACCAUUUCACAUGCUCUUUGCUCUCUCUCUUUUAAUUUAUAUUUCACAUUUUCUCAAACUUAUUCGUAACUUUUAUUACUAUCAAUCUCACCCAUUUUAUGCUGAUUCCAAUUCAGAAUUUCUAGGGUUUUAUUGCUUUUCUUUUUUUUUUUUUUCUUUCUGGGUAACUUGAACUUCAAUCUCCCAUCUUUAUUCACAUUCUUCAAGUUCUUUACCCUUUUUAGCCUCUGAUCUCAACUGGGUAUUGUUAAACUUGUAUUUUCUCGUUAGGGUUAGUGUUAAUUUCACAUAUUAAUCAAUGUCACAAGGCUUUGCAAUUGAGCUCUAUUUCGAUCCAGCUCUUGAAAAUCAAGUCUUGAAAGCAUGGAAUGUUUUAGCUCGACGACAAAUUAGUACCCAACUCAUUGAAAUCGAGUCUAGACCUCACAUAACUCUUUAUUCAAGCUCUUUUGUUGAACCCACAAAGCUUGAAUCAAUUGUCAAGACUUUUGCUUCAAAGCAAGAACCUUUACCUUUAUCUCUAUCUGCAAUUGGGGGCCUUCCAAAUGACAAUAAUGUCCUCUUUUUAGCACCUACACCUUCACUUUCACUUCUUCAAUUUCAAUCUCAGUUAUGUGAUGCAUUGAAGAAGGAAGGGAUUGAGAUUAGUGAAGAGUACAAACCUGAUUCUUGGAUUCCUUAUUGUGCUGUUGCUCAAGAUGUGCCAAGGGCAAGAAUUGGAGAGGCAUUUUGUGUCUUGAGAGAUUUGAAGUUACCUGUUAGUGGGUAUGCUAUGGAUAUUGGGCUGGUGGAGUUUUCACCUGUUCGUGAAUUAUUCUCAUUUGUGCUUGGUAACUGUGUAGAAGGAUGAAAUUUUCUUUAUUUUGGUGGAUUUGUUAUAACGUGUUACUUUUAUAAUCUUAGAUUCUAUAAUUUGAAUGAAUGUAUUACAUUUUUACAUGUUCUGUUUUGUUGUAGGUUUGUACUUGAAUGUUGCUAGUGUAGAGCAUGGUAGCAAAUUUGCAUUUUCUGUUUACGGGCAUAAGCUGCAAAUGAUGUAUCUACCUUGUUUCCCAUUAUCAAAUUUUAUUUUGUCAAAUGCUGACAUUGUUUUUA